AGGCCCAACUCGACGGUGUCCCUCUUGCGGGCGCCGUCUAUGGUUAUUGGGGUCCAUUUUUUUGCAGAGAUGCCCAGAUUCCUGGCGCGCGCGUUCUCUUCCAGAGUUGGCCAAAGGUGCUCUUCCCUGCAGACCCCAACCACACCCAGUGGCAGAUGGAUUUCUUUGUAACUGGCUUUCUCACAUGUAGGGUCCAUUUUGAGUCUGUGCUUAACAUGGUGUCCUCAUUGUCAAGUAGACAAUCUCUUCAUAGAUGGCUGUGGUAAUUUAAAAAAUAGAAGGUGAAUGUAUAUAAGAUAUCAUCUCUUCUUUUGAUCACUGUUCCUGAUUGUGACAUUGUCCAAGCAUUAAAUUGUGUGCCUUUUGUUCCUUGAAGAAAGAGGUGGUGCUAGCAAUCCCCUACUCUGUCUGGUCUCUGGACCAAGCUUGAAGCUCUGGAUUCAUUUCCUUCCUCCUCAUACCUCAGCGUGAGUCUUCUGUCACCCAAAGGGUUCCACCUGAUCUUCCACUGAAGCCUCACUUUCUCUCCCAAGAUGAGGAAACUGAGGUGCAGAGAAGUUGAAGCUUUCCCAGUGUCACAUAGCAGAGCUGGAACUAGAGCUUGCAUUUCCUGACUUCCAGAUUAGUGUUAUUUUUACUUCAAACCAUUACUUCUUGGUGAGUUAAUGUGGGAAAAAUCCUGUGUUUUGAAGAUGUCUCGACACAGUAUCAUUUCCUGUUUAAAUUACAGAUAACUUCAAGAGUUUUCAGAAAAAAGAAAUUGCAACUUUUGGUUAAAUCAUGCCAUCUGAACAGAAACAGUUAUUUUUUGAUGAAAAGCAAACUACUAUAAAAAAAGAAUAUGAUGUGAAAAAUGAGAUAAUUGAUCCUGUCAGAUCAAUACCUAAACCAAACAUUUCAGAAAGUAGUUUUCAUUAUGAUUUAAAAAAUGUGAAAAUUGUUUUGCCGAAGAUAAAUAUUCCAAAUGAAGUCCUGUCAAAACAUGAAGUUGACAAAUACAGAAAAUUAUUUCAGGGUAAACCACAGACAGCAAGAAAAUCAAUCAGUAUAAAGACUGUAAGCUGUGUAGAGGAAUGUAUGUUGCUUCAUAAAUCUGAGAGAGCUGAAGAAGAGGGUUUAAAAAUGUCUGCAAAAAUACUCAAUUUCAGCUGUUUAAAAUGCCGAGACAACACUCGAUAUAGCCCAAAUGAUUUGCAUAAACACUUUCAAAUGUGGCACCAUGGUGAACUACCUUCAUAUCCUUGUGAAAUGUGCAGUUUUUCAGCAAAUGACUUCCAGGUAUUUAAACAACAUAGACGAACUCAUAGAAGCACUUUAGUAAAAUGUGACAUUUGUAACAAUGAGAAUGUAUAUACUUUAUUGGACUUGACAAAACAUUUCGCAUCCACACAUUGUGUUAAUGGUAAUUUUCAAUGUGAAAAGUGUAAAUUCUCCACCCAGGAUGUUGGCACAUUUGUUCAGCACAUUCAUAGACAUAAUGAAAUUCAUUAUAAAUGUGGUAAAUGCCAUCAUGUAUGUUAUACCAAAGGAGAGCUUCAGAAGCACCUUCACAUUCAUUCUGGUACUUUUCUCUUCACUUGUCAAUAUUGUAGCUAUGGUGCCACCAAGAGAGAACACCUCGUAAGACAUGUUAUAACUUUGCACAAAGAACAUUUGUAUGCGAAAGAAAAACUAGAGAAAGACAAAUAUGAAAAAAGAAUGACAAAGACCUCAGCAGGACUUAAACUAAUACUAAAAAGAUAUAAAAUAGGUGCUUCAAGGAAGAUAUUCUGGAAACGUAAGAAAAUUAACAAUGGAAGUGACAGAAGUAUAGAAAAAAGCACUCAAGGGCUUAAAAAAAUGAACAAAACACAGACUCAAUCUGAAGACCAGAGCCAUCCUGUUCAAAAGCAUUUGAGUGAAGAAAAGGAUGAAAGACUUGAGAAUGAUGAUAAACCCUCUGCAUCAGAGUCAGAGAAGCCAACUCCUCAGUCUGCUGGGCAAUGUAAUAGAGCUGAUGAGGGAUCAAAUGCUACUUCAGGUUUCUUGAAGACUGCUGUACAAGGACCUACAGUGUUAAUGGUGAAAAAUAAUAAAAUAACAAUUCCUGCCAACUACAGUGCUAAGUUUAUGGGCUUCAAGGUGGUGGAUGGAAAACAGCACAUUGUAAUAAAAUUGUUACCUACCAAUAAACAGAAUUUAUAUUCACCAGGCUCACAGUCAAAUGCUACAAAGGCGAGUACUGCUAAUUUGCAGCCCCAGACUUUGGACACCAUUGGAUUUUUAAGAGGAGUAACAACUGAGUUAAGUGACACAGUUUAUAUGAAAACAACUACUCCAUUUUCAUGUUCAUCUCCUGUACUUCCAGAGAAAGUAACUUCAGAAAAAGAAAUGGCUUCGAUAUCCCAAAGGAAUAAUACGCUUCAAACAUUGGAUUAUGAAAAAAGUGUCUCUUCUUUGCCAACAUCAGAAUUGAUUACAUCAGUGAAUUUGACCACAAAAGUUGAAACAAGAGAUAAUGUUGAUUUAUGGGGAAAUCAUAACACUCAGAGUCACCCUGAGGUAUUAAGUACCACCAUUAAAAGCCCAGAUAAAGUCAACCAUACUACCAAACCAAAUGCACACAACAGUGGAGAUAUGCAUAACUAUUGCAUUAAUUAUGUCAGUUCUGAGUUACCUGUUGAGUCCUCCAGCCAAGGAUCAUUACCUUUUCAUAAUUACUCAAAAAUGAAUAAUUCUAAUAAGCGUCGUAGGUUUUCAGGAACAGCAAUGUGUGAUAGCCCUCAAAGAGAAUCUCCACCUAGCAAAACAGUUGUUCAGCAACCAAUUAGUGAAUCUGUUUUAUCACUAGUGAGGAAGGAGAGCUCAAAACCAGAUAGCCUAUUAUCGUCUAUUAGCCUUUUAAAUGAUAAAGAUGAAACUUUAAAAACAAAAGUUGAAACUGAAGACCAGUGUGUUUUAAGAAAAGAGCAAAACAUGGUUGAACAAAACUUGUUCAGUAAUGAAAAUCAGAAUUUAGAGAGUGUGACUGAAAAAUCUAAAUGGGAUGAUAUUUCUAGUGUUGAUUCACCUUUGAUGCCUAGAAUCACAUCUGUUUUCUCUCUCCAUAGUCAACAGGCAUCAGAAUUUUUGCCACCCGAAAUAAACCAAUUGCUGCAAGAGGUACUGAAAACAAAAUCUGAUGUAAAACAAGACUCUAGUAACACUCCAAAUAAAGAUCCACCACUUAAUUGUCACCAGUCAUUUCAAAAACAUGAGGGAGAAGGCAAAAUAGUUGAAUCUUCAAAAGACUUCAAAGUGCAAGGCAUCUUCCAGGUUCCAUCUGGCAGUGUAGGUGUUAAUGUGCCUACAUACGAUCUGAAUUUAAAAUAUAAUGGAAAAGAAAAACAAGUGCUAUCGGUGUCACAAGAUGUUAAAGAUUCAGAGAAGACACCUAGAAUUUCAGGUUUUGGCACAUUACUUAAGACUCAGUCAGAUGCCAUAAUAACACAGCAGCUCGUAAAAGACAAACUACGAGCCACUACACAAAAUCUAGGCUCUUUCUAUAUGCAGAGCCCACUUCUAAAUCCAGAACAAAAAAAGGCUAUAUUUGUUCAGACACCAAAAGGGUUUUUUGUACCAUUGCAUGUUGCUAACAAGCCUGGGUUACAUGUUUUUUCAGGAAGACCACUUCCAUUGGUUAAUGCACAAGCUGUACCUGCUUCUCUUCUUUUAAACAAGAAACCUGGGAUGAUUUUAGCAUUUAAUAAUAGGAAACCUGAAGGUGUUUCCACUGUCAAAACUGAGAGUGCUCAAGCUUGUGGAACUGUGACCAAGGAGCCUUGCAAAAUGCCCUUUUUAAAGGUGGAGUCAAACAAUAAUUGUCUUACACCUGCACUUUGUUCCAGCAUUGGCAGUUGUUUGAGUGUGAAAAGCAGCUCAGAAAACACUUUGCCAUUAAAAGGCCCUUACAUUAUUAAAACAUCAGCAAGUUCUUCAGUGAAAGCUGUUCCUACUCCUAAUAUGCUACCUGACCAUCAGGGCACUAAGUUGAAUAUCUUGGAUUCAGUAAAACAGCAGAAUGAGAUUUUUCCAAAACCACCUCUUUAUACACUCUUGCCUGAUGGCAAACAAGCUGUUUUUCUUAAAUGUGUGAUGCCAAAUAAAACUGAGCUGUUUAAGCCUAAAUUAGUCCAAAAUAGUACUUAUUAUCAAAAUAUACAGCCAAAGAAACCUGAAGGACCACCACAAAGAAUAUUGCUGAAAAUUUUUAACCCUGUUUUAAAUGUGACUGCUAAUAAUCUGUCAGUAAGCAACUCUGCAUCGUCAUUGCAGAAAGACAGUGUCCCACCUAGUCAGACUAUAGGAGGAGAGCAGAAAGAGCCAGAAUCUUCUAGAGAUGCCUUACCCUUCUUACAAGAUGAUUUGAUGCCAGCAAAUGAAAUUGUGGUAACUUCUACUGCAACUUGCCCUGAGUCGUCUGGUGAACAAGUAUGUGCCCAUGACUGUUCAGAGGCCAGAGUUUUAAGGUGUAAAACAAAUUGUACAAUUGAGAGAAACUUUAAUAGAAAAAAGACUUCCAAAAAAAAUUUUUCAAAAAUAAAAACUCAUAUAAGAAGUAAAGAUUCUGAAACUGCCUUUGUAUCUAGAAACAGAAACUAUAAACGUAAGUGUAGGAAUAGUUACCAAGAACCUCCAAGAAAAAAAGCGACAUUGCAUAGAAAGUGUAAAGAAAAGGCUAAACCUGAAGAUGGCCAUGAAACAUUUGGAUUUAGCAGACCUAGACUUUCAAAAGAUUCAGUCAGAACUUUGCGACUUUUCCCUUUCAGUUCCAAACAGCUUGUGAAAUGUCCUAGGAGAAACCAACCAGUUGUAGUUUUGAAUCAUCCUGAUGCAGAUGCACCAGAAGUAGUAAAUGUAAUGAAAACUAUUGCUAAAUUUAAUGGACGCGUACUUAAGGUUUCGUUGUCAAAAAGAACUAUCAAUGCUUUACUGAAUCCAGUUUGUUAUAACCCUUCGAAAGUAACUUGUGAUGAUUUUUCCAAGAGGCACAAAACAUUUAAACCUGUUAGUUCUGUGAAAGAAAGAUUUGUGCUAAAAUUAACACUCAAGAAAACAAGCAAAAACAAUUAUCAGAUUGUGAAGACUACCUCUGAAAAUGUUUUGAAGGCUAAAUUUAACUGUUGGUUUUGUGGUAGAAUAUUUGACAAUCAAGAUAUUUGGGCUGGUCAUGGGCAGAGACAUUUAAUGGAAGCUACUCGGGAUUGGAAUAUGUUAGAAUAAUUCACUGUAAUUACCAAGGAAAAGAAAAGUAAAUUACCUUAGAAGAAAACAAUGGGUUUAAUUACCAUAAUGCAGACAUUUUCUACUUCAAUAUAGUACCUGAAAUUAAAUAUUUUGGAAGUUGAUUAUAUUUCUGUGGAAGAGCAAAAGUUUUAUGUUUGAUAUUUCAAAGUGCUAUCACUGCACACAUAAGUUUGGAAAGAAACUAAUCACAGCACAGAUUACCUGGAUUUAAUUUUUUCUAAAUGUGCUCUUGGGAAGUUAGGGCUAAAGAAAAUUUUGAUAAAACAAGUUUCCGAAUUUAGUUCUUUAUAGUGACUCUUAAGUGAGGGUAAUAGCUGGCACCCCCCCCCCUUCUUCCACCAGCCUUAGGAAUCUGAUGAGUAUUGCUCCUCUGAAGAUAGAGAGCUCUUUCACGAUGGAACUGAGGGAGCUUCUCAUCAUUUGUAAAGAUAAAUUGAGAGAGCUUGGAGAAGUUAUUCUGUAUCUACUAAAUUCAGUUCUUUUGGAGGGUAUUACGCUCCUUUGAAAGUACAUAUAACUCACUACAGUACCACCUCAUAUAAUGCUUGAAGAGUUUUUGGCAAGUAAAUUGUUGUACCUGUUAAGCUCUGUCACAUGUCAGAGAUUGGAACUCACUCCCAAGGUGAUUUUUUCCUUUCUAAGUGGCUAUGUCAAGCAUUGUAGUAGAUGAGCAAUUUCAAGAGAAGAAUUUAAACUUUAUCUCAUUUAAAGUCCAGUUCAAGAAGUGGAACAUAUUUCUGAAUUUGAUUAUAUUCUCCAGUGAUCCCCUUGCACAGAACUAUGUUUAUCUGAUUUAAAUUGUCCAUCAUAAACCAAAUAGCCCGUUUUUUUUCUUGGUUGCCAUCCCUUUAAAAAGAAUGGAACAUAGAAGCACUUCCAAGGGAAUGGCUUUUCUUGAAAAUCAAAAUUUUUCUACUGAAACAAAUGUUUUGAAGCAAACCAUAUUUUUGUCUGUGUUUACUAUUGUUAUUUGAACAUGUUCAAAUUAGUACAAAUCAUUUUCGUUUGCAAAUUUCAGUAUGACUGACAACCCAAAGGAGAUAUAUACUGGUUGCUGGCAUUUGAAAAUGGGGAAGCAUUAACAGCGGACCCAGUGGCAGCGCAUAAAACUUUAGGACAGAUUCCUAAGGAACGUGCUCAACAGAGUUUCAAAGUGGAUGUUUUCAUGACAGCAGAAUCAUAGAGUUAAACUUUUCACCUUGUAAGUUUGGAUCAAAUUUGUUGAAUUGUUGGAUAAUGGAGUUCUUGUAUUACAAAAUUACAAACUAUAUGAUUUUGUUACAUUAUUGCUAUUAAGUAUUAAUGACAUUUUCAUUGAUUGGAUGAAAACUUCAGGGCUUAUUUUCUGUAUGUAUAUAACAAAGAAAUUAAAUCUGUACAUAUUUUUGUAUCUUUAUGUAAAUUUUGCACAGAAAGUUUUUUGACAAAAAGUUUAUUUUCUUUCAGUUUAGUUCUGUGCAUGCACUAAUAAAACUGGUUGUUUAAUUUAAAAGGAAUAUAUAAGACUUUACCCAUGUUAUUUUCUUGGUUUUUAUUGCAAAUGUAGAUUUUUUUUUUUUUUAGGUAAAUUCAUUUUUCAGGGAUUGAACACUAUUGUUAGCAAGUGCCUAAAAAAGAUGUGAAACAGUUUACAUGUCCACUGUAACAGUAGGUCCCAAAUGGGUCCAUUCCCCCAAUAGUUUUAUUUUAAAGAAAGCCAUACAUAGAUGCUUCAAGCUAUCUUGCUAUGCACAUUAUACUUGUACUGUUUUUGUGCAGUUUGUCUACUUUCUUAGUGAAGUAUUUUUUGUAUAAAACCUGUUACAAUUGUGUUUCUUAAAUUGAGCCUAAGAAUGGAGUUAAUUGGAGGUAUACAGUAUAUAUUAUUAUGUAGAUGGUGUUUAAAGACUGGUAAGCAUUGUUAAUUUCUGUAAUGAACGUUUCUUCAAUUAAAUUUAUCUUAAGUUUGUGUUUACA